AUGGCCGGACUCGCGACAGCAGCGCGCCUGAAGCCUCCUGAUGCCGUGUUUAGGCUUGAUAGCUCGCCUGUAGGCGACCAGGAGGGCCUAUUUUCCUACCGCAACCUGCUUCAGGAGCUGCUGAUGGCGCUGCUGGGCUACACGGGCGACGUGUUUGUCGACGCGGCGGAUGACCGGGGUGCGCUGCAGCUGCAGCACCCGUCCGUGUGCACCGUGCGGCUGGCACAGGACCUGCCAUGGAUCGAGCCGCGCGACAGGCAGCUGCUCGACCGCGUCGUGGCGCUGGGCUUCCAUUUCAAGCAGCUGCGGCUGUUUGUGGAGCUCGACCGCGGGGCGGCGCCGCGCAGCGCAUACCGCCAGGCCCUCUGCGCAGGACUCACCGGUGAGCCUCCAGGACGGGGGGCGUGA